CUGGCUUGGCGUUAGCGCGCCCAUGAAGCAUUAGAUUGACACUUGGCACAGAAUGCCAGCAUUACAAACAACAAAAGAGCUGUUUAUUCCAGCUAAAUUUAAAAGAAUUAACGAAACUUUUAACCAAGGUGUGGAACAAGAUGAUACCUUUAAUCUUCUGCGGAGUCUGACAAACGCAGACAAUGCCAAACACCUGGUAGAUUCUUUUAAAAAGGUCUCAAAAUGUAUUCAGAAGCGACUGUCUAAUGAAGGGCUGGAGUCUGUACAUCGGCACAUUGAGUACCUGGUACAGCUGUUCUUUGUCUGCACGACGAAGAAUCCCCUUCGAAGAGUUCUCAUAAGCUUUUUUCAAAGUCUGCCCAAGGAUGUGUCUGUGCAGACAGUACAACCUGCCAUCAUUGAGCACCUGACUGACCUGUACACGGGGGCACAGAAUGUCCAGGGAUUGGGGAACGAUGAAAUGCUGGAUGUUAGACAUGACAUUGAUUCCAUUGCAGCCAUCACAGAAAACUUUCCACUUGGCAUUACUUCAGUCAGUAUUGUCAAUGUGGAGACUGUAGAGUACUUAUCCAAGCUGAACCUACUCUUCAUUAAAGCUACCAGCCAGUCUCCGGUACAGCAGAAUGAAGUCAUGCACCACUGCCUGGUGGCUGUUAAGUUGACCAACCGUAUCUGCCAGAAAACUGCCUCCACCUUGAAAACCAGAUUACAAGAUGCAGAAAGCAUGCUUCACUUUCAGCUCAUUGCCAGACAAUGCAUUCUUUGUGAUAUAGAAGUUCUAUACAAAGUUGAGUUCCUUGUUGAUUGUAAGACAACUAGUGCCAUGAACAUCUGCCUCAUGUUAAAGUGUUGCAGUCCAGAAAUCGACAUUCUUCACUUGCUGUCGAAGACGGCCUUUGGACACCUGACCUGGGUCCAUGAGCUGGUCCCAUCCCCUUCAUCACCCCUUAGCUGGGCAGCCAACCUCCCACUUGACAGACUGUCCAAGACCUGUCUGUCCCCAUCCAGCUACCUAUGCUUCUGUUACGGAAUGCUGACCAUGGCUGCCAUGGAAACACUUUUAGGCCAAGCUGGAGGAAAGGUGUUCCUGCUUCAUGGUCUCUUGCCAGAGUUUCUGGAACUAGGAGAAUGUUGCUCUGAUGUUGGGAGUAAGCUGUUGGCUGCCAAGUCUGUCUGCUUUCUGACGCAGAGAAUUAGAGAUAACUUAGCCAUGACAACAGCUACUGAUGAUGUGUGGGGUCAUUUCCAUGGUGACAGUGUUGCCAUGCAGACCAUUCUACAGUUUGUGUUCACUGCCUGGGAGGAUGCUAUUGAUGCAGUGCGAUUCACAGUGAGAGACAUAUUCCAGAAUGUGCUGGCCAUUCACAUUUACUUUCUCAACCGUAAAGGAUUAUCUAUCAUGGAUGAUCCCUUCCUUCACAAGCUUACCUGUACCAUUCUCCAUGAUGUGCCUUGGUCUUGUAAAGGCAAAUAUGGCACCCUGGCAGCACUGGUAGGCCAUCUUGGAAGUGCCAGGAUGUUGCAGUGGCAGUCUGGGAUAGCAGCAGCAAUUUUGCAGCAAUUGCAGGAACACACUCUGGCCUGUUAUGCCAGUGAGCUGUAUGAAAAGUUAUUCCUAAGCCACAUGUUUGAGAUCUUGGUAGCUGAUCAAGCAGAUACAGCCAAGCAGACAUGGUUCAGUGAAUGGGUGGAGCCAGUUAUCAGGGUUCUCUGUGGUCCAACCACGCUCCAAAAGAAGCACACCAUUGAGUAUGUGUUACCAAGGUUACUGAAGUGUGGUGAAAAUGUUUUGGCAGACAUGGUUCAUUGGUUGUCCGGAAGGCUAACUGAAAAGCAGUCAAACAUUGAAUCAGGAAAUGUGAUUGGAGCAUUGAUAUUGUGUCUACGUAGAGCUAGAGCCAUGGGACAGCUUAAGUCUGGCAGUAAGAGAAAAUCACUGUUAGAGGAAAACUCUCAUCAAACAGCUAAGCCAGCAAAGCCUUCCAAGGAAGGCUCUAAGAAAAAGACUAGUCUGAAGGAAACAGAAGAAUGCAGCACCAGUGACAUGGAAAAUAUAUCACAACAAUCCAAGGACCUGUGGUUAGGGAUUGUUGACGUAGGUUUGCUGGAGCAUGCCCUUGUUUGCAAGGACGAGCAGGUGCGACUGGAUGCUUUUGCCCUCCUGUGUGAGAACCAGAAGACGGCUGAGCCUGUGGAGAACUGCGAGAUCUUGCUCGUGAAGAGAUUUAUACCCAGCAACCUAAAUAAUCAGAACUCAGCAUUCAGGCAGCAGUUUACUGCUCUCAUUAAAAAGUUGCUUUUAAGAAUGAAGGAAAGUAGUGGACCCUUGAGAAAGCAAAUGUCUAAAACUCCUGCUGUCAAGCAUCAUCUUCAGAACUAUAUGGAUUUCCUGCAAUGGUUGAGGGGUUGUAUGUUAGACAGUCUCUAUCCUGGGGCAGUGUUUGCCCAGAAAACCACCUGCCUCACCACUCUGGCUCUGCUCCAUGCAAUAUUUGGCUCCUUGGAGAAGGGCAAUGAGGCCGGAUGUGGGUUCAGCUUCUUUCCGGGCUUGCGGAUGACGGACAUCCAUACCCUGCUGUUCUGUCUCACGGACACGUUCGAGGACAACAAACAUGAGGCUGCCAGAAUAUUGAAGACACUGGCCACCCACUCUGAAACGCAAUGUUUGAUGACAGCUGAUAUCCUGCAAGAGGUAUUUGACCUUGCCCUGACCUUGUCCCAAAGUGCCCGACCCCAGGACAGCACGACGGGGGCAUACCUGUUCUCCGUGCUCACCCAGCAGCCACGUGCAAGGGACAUUCUUUUACAGUAUAUACACCCAUCAGGAGGCGGGAAUGAUGGAGGCAGUCUGACUGGUGACACUGGAACAGCACAUAUAUCACAAGUUACAGGAGCUGUGUAUGAAAAGCAUGACUUAAAUGAAGUAAAAGAAUCUUUAGCAAAAGAAUAUAAUGUAAGAGGGAGUGGAGACUCAGAGGUAUCGCAGAGCUACUUGUUGUUGCGCAUCUUGCUGUCUAGCCUGGAGAGUCAGUACCGUACAGCCAAGACCAGCCUGAUAGUGGCAGCAGCCACCUCGCCCCUUUACCCCACCCUCAUGUGUAUGAGGUAUUGCUUCAACAAUAUACACUUCAGAACUAUCCCUGAUGAAUAUUUAUCAGCCUGGAGGCAGCUACUGAAGAAAUUCAUCAGCCUGUAUAUGCAGAUAUCUGCCAUUGUGUCGCCGGUGGUUUGCAACUCCUCACCAGAGGGGAAUGUCCCCACUGAGUCACUCACAGACCUGUCCUCUUUGGGUAUCAUGGAUGCAGACAGUGUGGCCCGGAGCCACGAGACAGUCAUGUUGAUGCCGGAGUACCUGACUGUGUGCUGCUGGCGGACGGUAAAGGAGAUCUCACUCAUUCUCGGCCAGCUCACCUCAGCACUGCCCCUACAGGAUGAUGAUGGGGAGCUUCUCAAUUUUGAACAGGUCUUGGAAAUUGGCAAAUACUUCACAAGUCUGUUGCUGGAGUCUAAACAUAGAGGGGCAUUUGAGCUGGCCUAUGCUGGCUUUGUGAAGGUCACUGAGGUCCUCUGGAGGAGUCCUAGCCUCAUUCUGCUCAGCCUGCCCAGCAAGUGGCUGGGGGAGGUGAUGUCUGACAUCCGAUCACAUGACUCCCGCCUCUGUGCCACAAGGAGGAGUGCUGGCGUACCCUUUUAUGUGCAGGCCCUUGUCACCACAGAGCCAAGUUCGACUGGUCGCCAGUGUUUCAGACAAACAGUGCAGGAGUUACUUGGCCUUGCCCUUGACCAGUCUGCAGUUACCAUGGAUACAUGCACAGGAAAAGUGCAUGCGCUGAACAUCCUGCGGGCUCUGUACAAAGACUCCCGACUGAAGGAUGAUGUAGCCCCAUUCAUUGCUGACGGGUUGCGGGUGGCCAUACUGGGAUUCAAGUCUCCUCUUUGGGCUGUCAGGAAUUCAGCCACCUUGUUGAUGACUGCAAUGAUGACUCGGGUUUUUGGUGUCAAAAGGAGCAAAGACGAGUCAACUUUUUCAAGGAAAAAUUGCCAGACAGGGCGAACGUUCUUCUACAACUACCCAAUCCUGUAUCAAUUCCUGCUAGGUGAGAUCGCCAUGGCAACAGAAGACAUCGCCCACCGUCUCCACCCAGGGCUGUUUCCUGUCCUGAUGGUUCUCGGCCGACUGUUUCCAUCCGCCAUGGAGGGGACCGAUACCAGUCUCAACCUCCCCGCCUUCAUACCUUAUGUCAUCAAAUGUAGUGCAAGCCCUGUUAUGAAAACAAGAGAAAUGGCUGCCAAAGCUCUGCAGCCAUUGGUGGAUAAAGACCAUGUGACCACGGUGUUUUCUGACCUCAUGACCUUGUUACCAUGCCAACCAGGUGAACACCUUAAACAGAACCAGAUACAUGGAGCUCUACUUCAGUUGAAGCAGAUGUUCCGCACCAUUCUUGACCUCCCAGUCUCGGCUAAAGUGUCUCUUGAUGGGGUCCUGGGAGUUAUGUGGCCAGUCAGGGCAAGUCUUUUGGCUUCAAGACUCAAUCCUUGCCUUCUGACCAGGAAAGAAACCCUUGAAGUGAGCUCCCUUGUUGCCAAACACUUCAGUGAUGAUGUUACACUCAGCAAGAUUCUGGAGGAUUUGAUACAUCAGGAAAUGACACUUGCUGUGGGGACGGGUGGGGAGAGAGUGGGGUAUGAUUCUAGCUCUCCAGCCCUGUGGCAGUUUGAGACCACUGUGUGUAGGCUGUACUUCCAGCACUAUAUACGGAAUGAGGUCGCAUAUACAUGUAAGUCUCCAGGGGAAUGGGACAGGAUUGAACAGCACCUGAUAGCAUUUCUUAUGUCAACAUUUUAUGAGGUUAGAAAAGAGGUUCUGGAAAAUCUAUGUGAUAUGGACUCUAUAGUUGUGAGAAAAGAUGAAUCUCAUGAGAAAUUGAGUGAUGUGAACAGUGAUUGUAGUGCGGAAACAUUAGUAAGGAAGGAUAAGGGUUUGAUGGAGAACUGUGACAGGUGUAGAAGUCUUCUACAUUCCAAGGAGUUAUAUCUGACAGUGAUGGAACUAGUUGACAGUGAACACAAUGAAGAAUGCCUGGAGCUGGCCUUGAGGUUAUUAUCAAACCUACCUACAAAGGAUCAAAUAAGCCAAGAAGAGCUGAUAAAUGCUCUAGAAAGAAUCACAGCCAGAGUACAGACUAAGAAAAACAGUGACAAGGUGGUAGCAGCUAUGGUAGGUUUCUCAGGGUCCCUGCUACACUCCAUCCUGUCUUCCUGCCCACCCAAAUCCAGCCCCAAGAUGGGGCCAGUGUUGCAGUGGUGGGGCAGCAUGAUGCACGGUCUCACCAGCCACAUGGAGACAGACUCGGACAUACUGCUGGCUUGUGCAAGGGCGUUGAACCAGAACUUCUCAACUCUCGUCCACAUAAAUUCCCCAGUAAGAUGCCUGAUGUUCCGGAGUGCCCUUGACCUUCUGCAAGCUGAUGACCUUGAAGUAAGGGAGACCACUGCAGCCAUUGCUGAUUGUCUUUCCUCAGAACAACUUCCAGUUGAGCUACACCCGUACAGGGCGAUGGUGGUGAUGGUGGAUGUCUGGUUGGCGGUGAGUGAGGGUUCAGUCCAGGGCCUACUGGACACUGUCCACUCCAUAUUGGACAUUGUUUGUCAAUCCAAGGCUGAGACACAGGAGUCGGAGGAGAGGCUGUUUGAUCGAGGGGAGAUAAACACAUAUUGGGAUGAGCUGGACCUGCUCAAGGUGAUCUUUCCAGCUUUAACAUGGGGCGUUUCAAAACUUCAGGAACAAAUCAAGGUGGACAACAAGAGCCGGGAUUCCAUACUUCAACCAGUUGUGACACGCAUACUACAGUAUAUAUGUGAGAACAGUGAACUUUCUCAAUCCACCUCAUCCACCAGUCUACAGGCAAUGUUUACAGCAGGCCAUGAGUACCAGACACUCAUAACAGACAUGUACAGAGUGGUCAUAGUGGCUCGAGUCGGGCUGGCACUUGAAGGGAGUAGGGAUCUGGGGGACCAGUGUGAGGCCAUGCUAGAGGGACUGAGAAAGUGUCCCAAUGUGGAGCGCCUGCCUUCCAUAGUGUGUAAACUUCUAUGUCAGUGAUAAAGGAGAAAUAAAUUAUUUAUAACAACAUUUAUUUGACAAAAAUAUCUACGUAUAUGUACAAUGAAACUAACAUCUAUGCAUUUAUAAUUAUAAUGUGUCCCUUGUACAAUGUACACAUAUUCAUGAAUUAUAGAUCCAAUGUUAUUUAAAAUUUAAGAUAUCUAUAAUGCAUGUAAAAUUAGACAUCAUAUGUUUAAGAAAUUGGGGAUACUGUGUACUUUUUGACUAUACAAUAGUAUACAGUUAAUUCAGUAAAAGUUAUUACUGUAGUUCAUACAAACACACUUUGUGUUUCACAUUUCAUACCAAUGAAUUGCCUAAUUUUCAGUUAAAUGAAAGGUUUCAAAUGUAGGAAGUGAUGUACAUGUAAUUCAACCAACAUAGACUAGCCCAGUUGAAAUCAUCCUUCAGUUAUUUUGAUGUAACUUGAAAAAGAAUAAAAUGAAUUUAAGAUGAUUAUUUGAUAAUUAUUAUGUUCUAGUUGUGAGAAAAUGUCAAACAGAAUAAAAAACAUCUGAACCAA